AUGGGUGCAAGCGUUAAACAUUCUGUUCCUGAUGGGUCUUAUCCAUCCAUUGCUGCUCUUUGCGCUUCAAUGAAUGCAAAAGCAUAUCGCUACUACUUUCUAUUCGUAUUCAAGCAAGUAGACAAGCAAUUAUCUCUGACUUGGCAGUUGAACAGAAACGUCAUCACGUUCGCUUUUUUUCCAACGGAUUGGAUAGAUUCCGAGAGUGCAGGAAAAUGUCAUGUUGGUACAGUUGUUGAAUCAACAAUAACGCAUCCUUUCGAAUUUGACUUUAAUCUCCAGAGUCAUGCUAGUUUACAAGGAAGUUCGCGUUCAACACACUUGUAUUGUUAUGCUCGUUUAGUUUACUCUAGGUCCAGGCUUCAUGAACAAUGGAACGAUCUUAGUGAUGGUUUUAUAAGAAGAUUUGUUAAUUAUGGUAGAGCCAUAGAUGUUGAAGUUGGCGACGGUGAUUACACCUUUA